GGGCGGGGCCGGGCCGGGCAAGAUGGCGGCCGCGCGGCGAGUCCUCCUGCAGAUGCUGCUCUGCCUCGGCGGGCUGUAUUCCGCCCUCUACCUCCUGGCCACGCUCCUGCUGAUCGCCUACAAAAGCCAGGCGUUCAGUUACCCUCAGGACCACCUGGUGCUCGACCUGACGCUGCUGCUCCUGACCGGGGCCCUGGAAGCAGCCCGCUGGUACUGCGCUGACCCAGAGGCCAGGGUGAGGUCAGAGCUGCGGUCGCUCCUCAGCCGCCUGAGGACGAUGCUCUGUUUUGCUUUCCGACACCGAGCCCCGGGUGGCACCAAGGGCAACCUGACGGAGACGGAGCUGCCGCUGGCUGCCAGCCUGGUCCUCACCGUGGCCAGCUCCCUGCUGACGGUCUACUUCCUGCUCUGGCAGACUCUGGUGCUGUGGGCAGACUCGGUCCUCAGUGCCACGCUCCUGGCGCUCCACGGCCUGGAGGCCGUCCUGCAGGUGGUGGCCAUCGCUGCCUUCAUCAGCUAGCUGGGCGCCCGAGGCCGGGGCAGCCCUGGGCCUCCUGGGAGCCCGCAGCCGAGGGGAGGCAUGCUCCUGCCGGGUGGUUUGGGUGGUUUAUGAGUCUUCUUGGGGACAGGUGCGGGCUGAGUCAGGGACUGCCUUGGACAAAUCUCGGCCCCCCCCCCCCCCCCGGCAGCAGGGACAGUGGGCUUCACCGGGCACCACCCAGGAGCCUGGCCAGCUCCCUCGAGGGUGUGCCCGGCCACGCACAUUUUCCCACUGCGGCAGCCUUCCUCACAGGUCUGCGCUCCGUGGGGCCCACACGAUGGGGAACAGCGGGGGUGGCACAGGGAGCCCCGGAUCCUCAGCCGCUCAGGCCAAGUCCCGGGUGGAGAGCUCCAGAGUGGAAGGUGCUGGAGCUGGUCAGCUCAGUGGGCGCCUGUGUGGCCGCCCAGCUCCUUCCCAGGGCUUCUGGCUCAGCCGACACCCGGGGGCAGCGCACCUCUCUCCCGGCCCGGGUUGGUGACAGCCACGUCAGGGCUCAGGUGUCCUGCCUCGGCCAUUAGAAUGCCAGUCACGUUUGCCCUGAGCGCCGGACGGACCCAGGUCUGCUGUAAGCCGAUCCUUCCUCGUCGCUUUCCUCCACGUGCUCCUCUUGAGCGUGUGCUGUUUGGAAUAACAUGUCCAAGUGGGUGUUGUUAAAUAAAGAAGUGUUUAUGCC